AGCAAAUUCGUACGUCCUUCAAAAUGCGCGCCAUCUUUGUCCUGCUCGUUGUCGCUAUCUUCGCGUUCUUGGGAGUUUCGGCCGAAAACAAGGCGCAGCCCAAGUGCGGUGAAAACGAAAGCUUCCAACGUUGUGGAUCCGCUUGCGAGCGCACGUGCAGCAACGGAGAGGAAUGGGACAAACCAUGCAAAUCGCCCUGCGUUGACAAGUGCUUCUGCCAGGAAGGAUUCUUGCGUGACGAUAGCGGCAAAUGCGUCCGUGCCUGGCGUUGCAAUCCUUCGCUGUAAGCGGUCGGUGAGCUGUUCGCGUUCAAAAUGAUUUCCAACUUUCCGCUAGCGGCGACCAUGAGGCCAGUUUGCCUGUCAAUCCACCUUGCUGCAAACAGUCCAUCAUUCUGGUUUUCUUA